GCUUUAAGAAUGGGGCUUCCUUGAAACCGUCAAGUUCCAUGUUUGCAUGGUCAAAUUGAUUAACUUCUUCAACGUAACUUUUAGAAACAACUAUUUUAGAUACUUUAAAACGUUAGCAUUUUAGAGUAGUUUAGUCGGAUAUGUUCGGUUUUGUAAGCUUUUCCGCCGUUUAGAGCUUCUCUUUCGUUUUGCACUCAGUAUGCCCGUUUGCAGACAGGGAGUGGCAAAAUAUAAAUAAUUAUUUUGCACAACUCUUCGAACUAACUUUUUUACCGCAGAAAUACAGUGUUUGUUUUUGAGUGACGGACCUAAUGGACCAUUCGCCGUCAAUAAUCACUCAAGUAACAAGAGACGAGGAGGAAAAUGCGACUUAUCGAGAGGACGGUGCCAGUGAAGCUUCCUCUUCAAAGAAGCCCCGCAGCAGAGGCCUUUUCAACAGUUUCUUCUGCUGUCUAUGUCGCAAGGAAUCUGAGCCACCUCCACUGAAAAACAAUGCCCCCCUCUUGGUAGAAGAAAAUGGGACUCUGUCAAAAGUUCCAGCACAACCGCUACUCCCACGGAUGGAAUCGAAUGAUGCAGGGAAGAUCUGUGUGGUCAUUGAUUUGGAUGAAACACUAGUGCAUAGUUCAUUUAAGCCAGUGAACAAUGCUGAUUUUAUAAUUCCAGUGGAAAUUGAUGGAACAGUUCACCAGGUGUAUGUGUUAAAGAGACCCCAUGUUGACGAAUUCCUCAAGAGGAUGGGAGAAUUGUUCGAGUGCGUCUUGUUCACUGCAAGCUUAUCCAAGUACGCGGACCCUGUGUCGGACCUGCUGGAUAAGUGGGGGGCGUUCAGGUACCGUCUGUUCCGGGAGUCCUGUGUGUUCCACAAAGGGAACUACGUGAAGGACCUCAGCCGUAUAGGGAGAGACCUCAACAAGGUCAUCAUCAUCGAUAACUCCCCCGCCUCCUACGUCUUCCAUCCCGACAACGCAGUUCCCGUCGUGUCCUGGUUUGACGACAUGUCAGACACCGAGCUCCUCGAUCUGAUCCCCUUCUUUGAGAGACUUAGCAAAGUGGAAGACGUCUACGAAGUCCUCCAGCCGCAGAGUGCUUCCAGUUAACAGAGGCAGGACAAUAGGAUAAAUAUUAUCAGGGGCCACGGAGGCUGGGGGGCCACCGGCUCUACGCUGCUUCCAACUACAAGGACCACACUGCAAAAAACGCCUCAUUUAAUCCCGUAUUCUUACAGUAUAUCGCAUAAAAAAAGUGAAGGCAAUCUUCCAGCAGGGCUUUGAUACUUCUGUAUUGAAAGUACGCUAAUCCAAAGGUUCCUUCCUUUUUCUGUGAUAAAGAGUAUGAGGUUGAAUGACUUGUGUAGGUGUAUUUUGCAGUGCAGCUAGUGUGUUGCUGUUGUCGUGAUGUGACAGCAGCGACAUGUGUGCGGUAGAUUUUGUGAGCAGUUGUUCAGUGCCAUUCUACAAACCAACCAUCCUUUUCAUUUCAGUAUCGCAUCUAAUAGUAUUUCAAAUAAGUCCUUGAAGACUGUUGCUUAAACCCCAAUAACUUCCUUUUUUCUUCUGCCUAAUAGGCCGAAUUUGUAUGUAGUAAAAGACAAUCGUUAAUUUUAGGGAUUCUUGGUAAUUUCUAUAAAAUGUUGUGGCACAUUUCACUACAUAACAAGUUUUUAAAUGUGCUUUAAAUACUUUGCACUUCCUGUAUGUAUGUGGUGUGAUAAUGUUGGUCCAACGUUGCAAAUUGAAGCGUUGUUGACAAAAAAAACCUUUAUGACUCAAUAAUCUCAGAGAAUCCUCAAGUGCUUUUUUUCAUAAAUCUUGUGUUUUUUUUUUUUAAUACCCGUUUUGAAUCUAAAAUGACGGAGUUUUAUCUCUGAAUAUAACCCCUCCCCCCAGCUCUGUACUAUUGUAUUAUUUAUUUAUUCACUUAUAGUGGCCUUAACACACAGUCAUAGUUUUCAUUUAGAAUCUUUCUCAAAAAAUAUACUACAGCGUUUGCCUUUAAAUGGUGAAGAAAUGGAAUCCAUAGCCACUACAUGUUACAUGACUGAUAAGGUUUAUUUAGUCAAUUCUUAUAUUACUGGCAUCUAAUUAUUAAUGUGUAUUAACCCUUUGAUAUGUUGUCUUGAGCAUCAUACAGAAAAAAGCAGAUUUUUGGAAAGUUCUGGAAAGCCAUGGAAAGCUCCCCACUCCCAAAAUGGUGAUAUUAUUUUUGUAUAUAAAGUGCAAAUAUCUGGAUUUUAGGCAAUCAUUUUGAUUAGUUUUUAAGGUUAUUUUACCUAAUGUUAUAUUAUUUUGUUCAAGUUUUUGGAAUACACCUCCUCAGUGUGCGGCCCAUCAACAAUGCAAUCCAAUAUGUGCAGUUAGGAUUUUAGCCUUAUCGAGCUAUAAAUACAGUUUCAGAUGGAAACUUGUGUCGGACAUGUUGGAUCUGUCCUGAUUUACUUUCCCUCAGUCUGGAGCGAGUGUGUGUGGAUUUUAGUGUGGCUGCGUCAGUGUGAGUAUUUACAUUGGUUUAAGAUUUACACAAAAAAAAGAUGAUUUGACAUGAAAAAAAACAUAACCUGCCUUUAAAUAAUGAUUUAACUUUGUUACUGUAUGCAACAAGAGUAUUAACGUUGUGACUCGAGUAAAGGAGAGUUUUGAAAUUGCUGCUGAUCGUUGUUAGGAUUGACAAAAAAGGACAAGUAGAGAUAUUUUUACCUUGCAUCAAUAAAGCAUGUUUUAUUGAAACAUGUCAUAUUUCA